UCGGGUUGCUGACUUUGCAAUGGUUGCAAGGAAUGGAUUUAGCAGAAACUGCACGAGCAACUCCGUCUGCCGCUGUAGUCCAAUUGGGAACAUGAGAAAGUUGUACACUGCAAAUUGUUCAAAUCUGGGAAUCACACAAGUUCCGAUAACUCGACCCGAUGUUGUCAUUCUCCUGUUACAACACAACAACAUCACUUCUUUGACAACAUCCUUCAGUCCUUCACUUUACAAACUUGAUCUAUCUUACAACAAAAUUCAAAAUUUUUCGGAUGGUGCGUUCGCAAAUUUAACACGGUUAAAAACAUUGAUUUUAGAAGGAAAUAACCUUGACCUUGACGAAAGUGUUUAUCGGUCAAGAGUCUUUCGAGAAUUAAAAGCUUUACGUGAACUUAAUAUCAAGAACUGUACAAGUAAUGGAAUCCAUAAAUUUCCACAGAGAAUCUGGAGGUAUCUCUCCUCAAUUCAGAUUCUUAGAAUUGAUAUCGUAUCUCCCUCACAAUUUGGACGGCCGUUUCGGUUCUUGACUUCUUUGAGAGAACUGGACGUAUCAGGUGUGACGGGUUUCUGCUCUAUAGGAGCAAUGACAAAGAGUUUCCUCGUAAAUAUGCCACACUUGGAAAUCAUUGACGUGUCUGCUUGUAAAGUGACUUCAUUUUCAAAUGAUGCAUUCAUUACACAAAGAAAUCUUACCAUUUUGAAUAUUUCCUACAACGAAAGGCUUACUUUUGCAGGUUUUGAAAAUCUUUCUCGUAGUUUACAGUUUUCUAAAAUUAAGGUGCUCAAAGCCAACAAAAUCCACUGCACGUUUGGAAUAGGAACUAUGUUACAGGUCAGUGACAUCAUACACUUUAAAAACACAAGCCUUGAAGAGCUCUUUUUAGAGAACAACAGAUUGGCUCUUGUAGAAAUGAAUGUGAUUAAGUUCUUCCCCCCUUCUCUAAAAACUAUUUCGUUUGUCAAAAAUAGACUGACUAUAGGUCUUUACUUACUGGAGAUUAAUUUUUUCUUAAGCUUAGAAAAAGUGGAUGCAUCUUUUCAGUAUAUUUCCCCUCCCUUUGUGGAAAUAAUGGACGCGUUCUAUUGUCAGAAUCCAGUACGCAUGUGCAAGAAUACAAUGGACGAAUUUUCUCUGAAAUUUGAGAAAAUGUCGAAGAAUUUUUCAAUUCAACAUUUUGAUCCUAAGAUAUCGUUGCCAAGAAAUUUACGAAAGGUCAUUCUAAGGAGGAAUGGUUUUACGACAUCUAUUCUUGGAACACGAUUCCAUCCAGACAAUAAUAUUACAUACCUUGACAUGUCUCAAAACCCAAUAACAAGCUUUACUGGUCCCCUUCAAGGAUUAAACCAGUUAAAAUAUUGGGAUCUUUCUGAAUGUCAUUGUCCGUCAUUGACCAAAUUCUUCUUCGAUUACACAAAGGCAUUGAGAGUUCUAAAACUGAAUAAGAAUUUUCUAGGGAAAAGCCUGGAAAACGACACAGAUGGUGAAACAUUUAAAAAUCUUGUACAUCUUGAAGAGUUAGAUUUGUCUGACAACCAAAUUCAAAACUUGCCAGUAAAAAUCUUCAAGAACCUACGAAAUAUUCAUAGAAUUAAACUGAAAUCAAAUUUCUUGACGGAAUGGAAUGUAAACGUACACCACAUGUGGAACCUAACAGAAAUUGAUCUUUCCGGGAACUUACUGCGACAGCUAAAUGGAAAGGCUAUGAUCUCGUUUUCGGAACUAUUCAAAAGGAAAACCUCUAUGACCAUUUCUCUUGCGUAUAAUCCCUUUGCUUGCACAUGUGAAUCAAAACAGUUUAUACAGUGGUCUUUCCAAAACCGAAAAUACAUAUCAGAUUUUCAAAACAUCACAUGCACGCUUGAUAAUGGAACUAGCAUCGAACUUCAAAGUGCUGUAGGAUUUCUUGAUGUGUACUGCACAAAUUAUCAGCUGGUUACAUUCCUAGUAUCCUCCCUUAUAAUUUUCUUUGUUGUAAUAACCAUCACCGGUUUGGUUUACCGUUACCGAUGGAAACUGCGCUAUAUAUAUUACAUGACAAGAAACAAAUACCGGUUAUCAAGUCCAUUGCAGAGAGACACGUUUACAUUUGAUGCUUUCAUAUCAUACGCUGAAGAGGAUGGCGACUUUGCUGUGAACGAGUCAAUUGCCCAGCUAGAGAAUUUAAGAGGCCUGCAGCUGUGCCUCAGUAAAAGAGAUUUUCGACCGGGUACUGAAAUCGCUGCCAAUAUCACAGAAGCCAUUACUAAAAGCCGGAAAACAAUAAUAGUUCUAUCAGACAAUUUUCUUAACUCUUACUGGUGCAUGUUUGAAUUCAAUAUGGCACGAAUGGAGAGUAUAUAUACACGGAGUGGUAAAGAUGUUCUGUUUCUCAUUAUGUAUCGGCAUGUUUCUACUAAAACAUUGCCUUUAUCAAUGUUGGCUCUGGUAGAAAGUAGAUCCUAUAUUGAAUAUCCUGAUGACCCCCAGGGAAACAUUGUUUUCUGGGAUAAAAUAGCAGAGACUUGUUCAAGACCAUUGUAAAUGCUGCUUUAUUAUGAAUUACUUGUAUCUGAGUUAACAGUCAUUUUCAAUUGUAAGAAUUUUUGGUCUAAGAAAAGGAGUAAAAGAGCACAUCAAGAAUUCAUAGUCUCUAUGUGUCUGUCAUUUAGAAGAAUUAAGAUCGUGAUUCAUUUACUAUGAACUAAUGUUCGUUAAACGAGCAAAGGGCUAUUUUUAUAAACUGUUUUAUAGUCUUGAAGAAGGAUAUGGAGAUAACGAACAGUAUUCAAUAUCAAAGUCCAUAAAACAAUACAAAAUAGGAGAAGAAC